GUACAUGGGUACCCUCGGGUCGCAAGUGAUGUGCGACAACAUCCCCGGGUUAGUCAACAAACAGCGGCAGCUGUGCCGCCAGCAUCCCAAUGUUAUGCAGGCGAUUGGAGCCGGGAUUAAAGACUGGAUCGGGGAGUGCCAACAUCAGUUUCAGAACCACCGCUGGAACUGCAAUACCAUGGCGCGAGACCACAACUUGUUCGGACGCCUACUGCUGCGUAGUAAGUAUUGAGAGAAAGAAAAAAAAAAAACGUAUAUGUAUGCCUACUGUAAAAAUAUGUAAUUUCAUAUUUAAUUAAAUACAUUUAUUUAUUUAUUCUGAACAAAAAUAUAAACGCAACAAGCAACCAUUUCAAAGAUUUUACUGAGUUACAGUUCAUAUGAGGAAAUCAGUCAAUUGAAAUAAAUUCAGUAGGCCCUAUGGAUUACACAUGACUGGGAAUACAGAUAUACAUCUGUUGGUCACAGAUACCUUAAAAAAAUGGGCCUCAGGAUCUCUUCACAGUAUUGUUAUGCAUUCAAAUUGCCAUCGAUAAAAUGCAAUUGUGUUCGUUGUCCAUAGCUUAUGCCUGCUCAUACCAUAACCCCACAGCCACCAUGGGGCACUCUGUUCACAACGUUGACAUCAGCAAACUGCUCGCCCACACGACGCCAUACACGUGGUCUGCGGUUGUGAGGCCAGUUGGACGCUCUAAAACGAUGGAGAAAUUAACUUUAAAUUAUCUGGCACCAGCUCUGGUGGACAUUCCUGCAGUCAGCAUGCCAAUUGCACGCUCCCUAAAAACUUGAGACAUCUGUGGCAUUGUGUUGUGUGACAAAACUGCACAUUUUAGAGUGGCCUUUUAUUGUACCCAGCACAAUGUGCACCUGUGUAAUGAUCAUGCUAUUUAAUGAGCUUGUUGAUAUGCCACACCUGUCAGGUGGAUGGAUUAUCUUGGCAAAGGAGAAAUGCUCACUAACAGGAAUGUAAACAAAUUUGUGCACAACAUUUGAGAGAAAUAAGCUUUUUGUGUGUAUGGAACAUUUCUGGGAUCUUUUAUUUCAGCUCAUGAAACAUAGUACCAACACUUUACAUGUUGCGUUUAUAUUUUUGUUCAGUGUAAUUGAUCCUGUGCAGAUGUAGGCCUAAGGCUUUUUAUAUGAACUAAAUAUAAUAUUUUUCAGACUAAAAUAUGAGCAUGAACAUGUUAUUAGACAAAUUGCUCAGCUAAAAAGUGCAGCUAUUAAAUUACCAUGCGUAAAAUAGCUGAUAUGCUGUAUUUUUCUUUCUAUUGUGUGCUGGGAAAGUGAUAUAUAGGCUACUCAUCUUUGUCCUCAUGUAUAAGACACGCACGUCUGAACAAUAGACUAGUAAUUCCCAUAGGCUAUCUACUAUAGACUAUAGGCUCCUAGAUCAAUGGCAAAUAUGGUAUGCGUUUUUUCCCCAACCAAUUAUUAACAGUGGUGAACCUAUAAAGUUCUAGCCUUUAUCAAAGUGAAAGAAUUAGUGUGAAAUACAUGUUCUUCCUUGACAGAUGUUUUCCCCAUGUGCUUGCAUUGCAUUCCAUGCAUUGUCUCACUUUACAGUUCCAGAUUUAUCAAGUUGACGUGCCUGCUUGCUGCUACUCUGAUGAGAAGGGUGUAAUUGCGGCCCGCAAUUCGGGGUGUUCCUGCAUAUGGGCAUUCCUGCAUCUGCAGGAACCCCUCUUUAUACUUCUAUUGGUUGGUCCAUUUUUCUAAGCUAGGACUCCAGUAAACAGGAGGGAGGCGGGGAUGCUCCAGUACAGUAGUUGGCGGUAUUGCACCAUAACGUUGGAAGCCAACCGCCGAUAAACCCCACAGAAAAAGAAGAAGAGACUGGGGCAACAACUGCUAGGUAGACAGUGUCCUCCGUUCUGUUAACGACGGCGAGGACAGGUGUUCGGCAGGCGGGCGCGAAGGACACUGUGUGCUAGCUAGCUAGCUAGGACUCCGGUACACAGCAGGCCGGAUAGGUAGCUAGCUAGCUAGGACACCGGUAGACCGUGUCCUUCGCCCCCGCCUGUCGGGUACUGCUUUCCUGCAGUUCUGUUAACAACGGCAAGGGCAGGUGUUCGUCAUUAACAGAACAACUAGCUAGGUAGGUAGGACUCCAGUACACAGCAGGCGGUAUGCAGGGGCGACACCAGUAGCUAGCUAGGACACCGGUAGAUAGUGUCCUUCACCCCGAAAAACUUUAUUUAUUUUCCCCCACAUUUUAAUUGCAUAGACAAUCAGGCAAAUCCAGAAUAUCAAAAGUGUCAAAUAAGCAUGAAGAUGGAGUGCUCGAGGGAGGGCGUUCAUGCAGGAACCAAUGGCAUGCUCGAGGGGGGACGUUCACUCAGGAACCAAUUGGAUGCUCGAGGGGGGACGUUCACUCAGGAACCAAUUGGAUGCUCGAGGGGGGGCGUUCCUGCAGAUGCAGGAAUGCCCAUAUGCAGGAACACCCUGAAUUGCGGGCCACAAUCACACACUAUUGGCUCUGAUCGGUAUCAAGUCCAAUGCUCUGCAUGCUUAUAAAACUGCCACAGCUGACAAAUGUGGGGAGUCAAGAAUAAGAAAAUGUCAACUCCCAUCUCGUCACCUCACCAGCUAUGAAUACAUGAGUCCUACUAAGUACUUCUCUCAACUUUGGAAUCUCUUUUUAAUUGGUAUAAAUGUGAGGAUCCACUCCACCUUGGGGGUGAUCAUAGAAAUACAAUUGGUAAUUCUAUUGGGCAUCAUGUCCCAGUCCUCCGGCUCCUAUAGGUCCUAAAUUAUUCCAAGGCGGAACUUUAAGGGCCAGUUUCCCGGAAACAGAUUAAGACCAGUCCUGGACUAAAAAGAAUGUUCAAUAGAGAUUCACCACUGAAAGUAUUUAUUUUUACUCCUGGACUAGGCUUAAUCUGUGUCCAGGAAACCGACCCUGAGAGUUGCGUGUAAUUUGGUUUUUUAAUCCUCCCUUUGGUAUUCAGACCUCCCAGACUCAGCUCUGGUUGUGUCACAAAACAUUAGGAAGCUGCUCUGAUUGGCAGCAUUAUCGCUGUGGCACCGUGAGAAGCUACUUAUUGUCAAUGUCAGGACACUAAUUUAAAACAAUUACUGGGUUUUCUUUUUGGAUGGUUUCAUGUUCUCAUCCUUUGGUUUAUCUCCUCAUUAACCAGAUUAAACAUUCCCAGUCAUUCACACGCGCACACACAAUGAGUGUGUGUGUGUGUGUGUGUGUGUGAGAGAGAGAGAGAGAGCGAAAGAACAUCUUGACAUCAAAAACAGAGCAUUGUGAACUGAAGUUUGCCGUUUCCUGAUCUCAGACAAACACACACACACACACACACACACACACACACACACACACACACACACACACACACACUUCGCUAUCCAUAGUCUUUGAUCCCACAGAUCUCUCAUCAGUUAGAAGAGCAGUCAGUUCACAAGGGUAUUUUAUCACAGAGCAUUGCUGGUAAAUUUGACCUGUUUGCCCAUCUUGGAGUUAGAUAAAGCAGAACACUGCCAUGCCUUAAAUAAAAGACUUGAAAGAAAGCAGUAACAAACAGUAUCCAUGCAGGUACAGCAGCAGCAACCAAUAGCUAGCUCUUGGUUUUUAGAGGAUCCUAUUUAAACUGUGACCCCUCCCCCUCGAGCAAUACAUUUUUACUUAAUGUUCACUGUGUACAGUACACACACUGUAGUGGUUAUGCAUCUUUAUGGGAUACUGGCUAGAUACAAUUUACAGUAUAUAUGUGUAUUUGUGUAACUUAUACAGUGAGUAUACAAAACAUUAAGAACUGCUCUUUCCAUGACCAGGUUAAUCCAGGUGAACGCUAUGAUCCCUUAUUGAUGUCAGUUGUUAAAUCCACAUAAAAUCAGUGUAGUUGAAGGAGAAGAGACAGGUUAAAGAAGGAUUUUUAAGCCUUGAGACAAUUGAGACAUGGAUUGUGUAUGUGUGCCAUUCAGAGGGUGAAUGGGCCAGAUAAAAUAUUUAAGUGCCUUUGAACGGGGUAUGGUAGUAGGUGCCAGGCACACCGGUUUGUGUCAAGAACUGCAAUGCUGUUGGGUUUUUCACGCUCAACAGUUUCCCAUGUGUAUCAAGAAUGGUCCACCACCCAAAGGACAUCCAGCCAACUUGACACAACUGUGGGAAGCAUUGGAGUUAACAUGGGCUAGCAUCCCUGUCGAACGCUUUCGACACCUUGUAGAGUCCAUGCCCCGACAAAUUGAGGUUGUUUUGAGGGCAUAAGAAGGGGUGCUAUACACUAUUAGGAAGGUGUUCCUAAUGUUUGGUAUACUCAGUGUAUGUUUGUGCAAUGAGCUUGUGUGCAUUAGUCACAGCCUGUAGGUAAGCCUAUUCAUAUGUGUGUCCAUGUAACUUAUAGCGUCUGGUGUGUAUACUGUUCCCAGUGUGUGUGUGUGCAUAGUGUGUGUGUUUGCUUACGUGUGUCUUCCUCUUCAUCCCUAUACCUACCAGGCAGUCGUGAAGCGGCCUUUGUGUACGCCAUCUCCUCGGCCGGGGUGGUCCACACGCUGACCCGGGCUUGCAGCCAGGGAGAGCUGCAGUCGUGCUCCUGUGACCCCACCAAGAAGGGCUCGUCCCGGGACGCCAAGGGGACGUUCGACUGGGGCGGCUGCAGCGACCAUGUGGAGCACGCCAUGAGGUUCAGCCAGUCCUUCAUAGACGCCAAGGAGAGAAAGGAGAAAGAUGCCAGGGCCCUGAUGAACCUCCACAACAACCGCGCUGGGAGAAAGGUGGGUUCAAAGUUCAAACACAUUAUGGGGGAGUUUAAUGACUCCAACUGAACCAAUUUGAUCUAGAUCAGUGUUUUCCCAAACAUUUGGUUUGCAUAUUUGUAGUCGUGAACUGGCACAGAUUGACUAGUGGAAUCAGGUGUGCCAAUCAGGGCUGGUGAUCCCAGAGUAGAGGGUUGGAAUACACUUGUUUAGAGGAAUUCAAUAGCCUAUUACCUGGUGUAGAUUCCUUCCAUAGACACAGACGUGCACAUACACCAACAUACACACCCUACCAGCAACCUGACACACAACCACCAACCACACCUAGCCUCCCUAACAAACCUUCUGUCUCCCUCCAUCCCCUUCCUCAUCACCACACAGGCAGUGAAGCGGUUUAUGUCCCUGGAGUGUAAGUGUCAUGGCGUGAGCGGCUCCUGUAGCGUCCGGACCUGCUGGCUGGCCCUGGCUGACUUCCGCCGCACGGGUGACCACCUGCGGCGGCGCUACAAUGGGGCGGUGCAGGUGGCCAUGAACCAGUACGGCACGGGCUUCACCGCUGCACAGCGACACUUCAAACGGCCCAGCAAGAACGACCUGGUCUACUUCGAGGACUCGCCAGACUACUGCAUAAGAGACCAAGAGUCUGGUGAGAACCGGUUUGUAGUGUUCAGAUUUACUCCACAGUCCUCAAUGACUGACGUAAACUAUGUAUGCGGUCUGUCUGUUUGACAUCUGACAUGACUGUCUCUCUGUAGAGUAGACCAUCGUACUACUUGUCCAUAACAUCUUCAGUAUGUGGUCAUAUUUUCAGAGGGUAACCACUCAGCCUCUUGUACGUUAGGGUUAGGGUUAGGGUUAUUAUCUUAAUGCUGCACUGAAUAAAACCAGAUGUAGUGUGUGAGUUCAAAAGAGAGAGAAUGUGUUUGUGUGAGCGAGAGGGAGAAAAUGUGUGGGUGCGUUUGUGAGACGGCAAGAAAAUAGUGUUUGUGUGUGUGUGUGAGAGUGAAAACAAUGUGUGUGUGAUCUGAAGGACCUGGGUGCCUGUCAGGCAGCAGAUGAUCCGAGGUGAUCGGGUGUCGGCCAGUUUAAGGGCCAUUACACACUUCUGUGGGCUGAAACCCGACCUGCCGCGCACCACUAUAAAUUACCCCUGCUGUAGCACACACACACAACCCCUUGGGCACAGCGAUGGCCCCUACACCUCUGCAUGCUUGGACCUCCAAAAUUGAGGAAUAUUUGGAGGGUAGGUCGUGUCUCUCAAACCCCUCUGACCCACAUCAAAAGCUAACCACCCCUAAUGUAGACCUGGGGGGCCUCUCUGAAGUUGCUUCCUCUCUUAGUCUCCUCUCCAUUAUGCUGACUUAAAGUCACAGGUUUGGUGAAAGCAAUAUGGAUAACCCCCACCACUGAGGAUAGAUGAAAGCAAUAUGAAUAACACCCACCACUGAGGAUAGGGGAAAUAAAUAUGGAUAACACCCACCACUGAGGAUAGGGGAAAUAAAUAUGGAUAACACCCACCACUGAGGAUAGGUGAAAGCAAUAUGGAUAACACCCACCACUGAGGAUAGGUGAAAGCAAUAUGGAUAACACCCACCACUGAGGAUAGGUGAAAGCAAUAUGGAUAACACCCACCACUGAGGAUAGGUGAAGGCAAUGGGGUGAACACCCACCACUGAGGAUAGGUGAAGGCAAUAUGGAUAGGGCAAUAUGGUGAACACCCUCCACUGAGGAUAGGUGAAGGCAAGAUGGUGAACACCCACUACUGAGGAUAGGUGAAGGCAAUACGGUGAACACCCACCACUGAGGGUAGGUGAAGGCAAUAUGGUCAACACCCACCACUGAGGAUAUGUGAAGGCAAUGGGGUGAACACCCACCACUGAGGAUAGGUGAAGGCAAUGUGGUGAACACCCACCACUGAGGAUAGGUGAAAGCAAUGUGGUGAACACCCACCACUGAGUUUAGGUGAAGGCAAUAUGGAUAACACCCACCACUGAGGAUAGGUGAAAGCAAUAUGGAUAACACCCACCACUGAUGAUAGGUGAAGGCAAGAUGGUGAACACCCACCACUGAGGAUAGGUGAAUGCAAUAUGGUGAACACCCACCACUGAGGGUAGGUGAAGGCAAUAUGGUGAACACCCACCACUGAGGAUAGGUGGCAAUACAGUGAACACCCACCACUGAGGAUAGGUGAAGGCAAUGUGGUGAACACCCACCACUGAGGAUAGGUGAAGGCAAUAUGGAUAGGGCAAUAUGGCAAUAUGGUUAACACCCUCCACUGAUGAUAGGUGAAGGCAAGAUGGUGAACACCCAUCACUGAGGAUAGGUGAAGGCAAUGUGGUGAACACCCACCACUGAGGAUAGGUCAAGGCAAUGGGGUGAACACCCACCACUGAGGAUAGGUGAAGGAAAUGGGGUGAACACCCAUUACUGAGGAUAUGUGAAGACAAUGUGGUGAACACCCACCACUGAGGAUAGGUGAAAGCAAUAUAGAUAACACCCACCACUGAGGAUAGGUGAAGGCAAUAUGGUGAACACCCACCACUGAGGAUAGGUGAAGGCAAUGUGGUGAACACCCACCACUGAGGAUAGGUGAAGGCAAUAUGGUGAACACCCACCACUGAGGAUAGGUGAAGGCAAUGUGGUGAACACCCACCACUGAGGAUAGGUGAAGGCAAUGUGGUGAACACCCACCACUGAGGAUAGGUGAAGGCAAUAUGGUGAACACCCACCACUGAGGAUAGGUGAAGGCAAUGUGGUGAACACCCACCACUGAGGAUAGGUGAAGGCAAUAUGGUGAACACCCACCACUGAGGAUAGGUGAAGGCAAUAUGGUGAACACCCACCACUGAGGAUAGGUGAAGGCAAUGUGGUGAACACCCACCACUGAGGAUAGGUGAAGGCAAUAUGGUGAACACCCACCACUGAGGAUAGGUGAAGGCAAUAUGGUGAACACCCACCACUGAGGUCUUUAACAUGAAGAAAAGGAAACAAGGAGGGAAGAGCUAUACAGUAUACACUCCCAGACAGUUUAUUAGGUACACUCAUCUAGUACUUGUUUGGACCCCCCUUUACCUCCAGAACAGCCUGAAUGGAUGCACCUGGUCAGCAAAAAUGUUAAGAUACGCUGUGGCGUUCAAUCGUUGUUCAAUUGGUAUCAAGGGACCUAACGUGUGCCAGAAAAACAUCCCCACACCAGUACACCACCUCCAUGGACUCAUGCUGGACUCAUGCUGCGUACGCCAAAUCCUGACUCUGCCAUCAGCAUGAUGCAACUCGAACCGGGAUUCGUCAGACCAUGCGAUUCUUUUCCACUCCUCAAUUGUCCAGUGUUGGUGAUCGCGUGCCCACUGGAGCCGUUUCUUCUACUUUUUAGCUGAUAUGAGUAGAACGUCUGCUGCAAUUGCCCAUCUGUGACAAGGAUUGACGAGUUGUCCGUUCCGAGAUGCCGUUCUGCACACCACUGUUGUACUGCACCGUUAUUUGUCUGUUUGUGGCCCGCCUGUUAGCUUGCACGAUUCUUUCCAUUCUCCUUCAACCUCUCUCAUCAAUGAGCUGUUUUCGCCCACAGGACUGCUGCUGACUGGAUGUUUUUGUUUGCUGCACCAUUCUUUGUAAACCCUAGACACUGGGGUGUGUAAAAAGCCCAGGAAGGCGGCCAUUUAUGAGAUACUGGAUCUGGCACCGACGAUCAUACCACACUCAAAGUCGCUUAGGUCACUCGUUUUGCCCAUUCUAACGUAGAAUCGAACAGUAACUGAAUGCCUCGAAGCCGGUCUGCCUGCUUUGUAUAGCAAACCACGUGACUCACUCGUGAACGGGGUGGUGUACCUGUAUAUAUGACUCCGGUUUAGACUAUUGUGAUGCACUCCAUAUUACAGUAGGCUAUCUAAACCUCUACCCUGUUCAUGGAACAGUUUGUCUCUUCGCUGUUUUGAGGACUGUGUGAUAUAAACUCAUAAAAAAAAGAAACGUCCUCUCACUGUCAACUGCGUUUAUUUUCAGCAAACUUAACAUGUGUAAACAUUUGUAUGAACAUAACAAGAUUCAACAACUGAGACAUAAACUGAACAAGUUCCACAGACGUGACUAACAGAAAUUGAAUAAUGUGUCCCUGAACAAAGGGGGGGGGGUCAACAUCAAAAGUAACAGUCAGUAUCUGGUGUGGCCACCAGCUGCAUUAAGUACUGCAGUGCAUCUCCUCCUCAUGGACUGCACCAGAUUUGCCAGUUCUUGCUGUAAGAUGUUACCCCACUCUUCCACCAAGGCACCUGCAAGUUACCGGACAUUUCUGGGGGGAAUGGCCCUGGCCCUAGCCCUCACCCUCCGAUCCAACAGGUCCCAGACGUGCUCAAUGGGAUUGAGAUCCGGGCUCUUCGCUGGCCAUGGCAGAACACUGACAUUCCUGUCUUGCAGGAAAUCACGUACAGAACGAGCAGUAUGGAUGGUGGCAUUGUCAUGCUGGAGGGUCAUGUCAGGAUGAGCCGGCAGGAAGGGUACCACAUGAGGGAGGAGGAUGUCUUCCCUGUAACGCACUGCAUUGAGAUUGCCUGCAAUGACAACAAGCUCAGUCCGAUGAUGCUGUGACACACUGCCCCAGACCAUGACGGACCCUCCACUGCCAAAUCGAUCCCGCUCCAGUGUACAGGCCUCGGUGUAACGCUCAUUCCUUCGACGAUAAACGCGAAUCCAACCAUCACCCCUGGUGAGACAAAACCACGACUCGUUAGUGAAGAGCACUUUUUGCCAGUCCUGUCUGGUCCAGCGACAGUGGGUUUGUGCCAAUAGGCGACGUUGUUGCCGGUGAUGUCUGGUGAGGACCUGCCUUACAACAGGCCUACAAGCCAUCAGUCCAGCCUCUCUCAGCCUACUGCGGACAGUCUGCGCACUGAUGGAGGGAUUGUGCGUUCCUGGUGUAACUCGGGCAGUUGUUGUUGCCAUCCUGUACCUGUCCCGCAGGUGUGAUGUUCAGAUGUACCGAUCCUGUGCAGGUGUUGUUACAUGUGGUCUGCCACUGCGAGGACGAUCAGCUGUCUGUCCUGUCUCCCUGUAGCGCUGUCUUAGGCGUCUCACAGUACGGACAUUGCAAUUUAUUGCCCUGGCUACAUCUGCAGUCCUCAUGCCUCCUUGCAGCAUGCCUACGGCACGUUCACGCAGAUGAGCAGGGACCCUGGGCAUAUAUAUUUUGUUGUUUUUCAGAGUCAGUAGAAAGGCCUCUUUAGUGUCCUAAGUUUUCAUAACUGUGACCUUAAUUGCCUACCGUCUGUAAGCUGUUAAUGUCUUAACGACCGUUCCACAGGUGCAUGUUCAUUAAUUGUUUAUGGUUCAUUGAACAAGCAUGGGAAACAGUGUUUAAACCCUUUACAAUGAAGAUCUGUGAAGUUAUUUGGAUUUUUACUAAUUAUCUUUGAAAGACAGGGUCCUGAAAAAGGGACGUUUCUUUUUUUGCUGAGUUUACAGUACAGUCCUCUUUUGAAGAGUUUGUUUCGUACAGUACAGUCCUCUUUUGAAGAGUUUGUUUCGUACAGUACAGUCCUGUUUUGAAGAGUUUGUUUCGUACAGUACAGUCCUCUUUUGAAGAGUUUGUUUCGUACAGUACAGUCCUCUUUUGAAGAGUUUGUUUCGUACAGUACAGUCCUCUUUUGAAGAGUUUGUUUCGUACAGUACAGUCCUCUUUUGAAGAGUUUGUUUCGUACAGUACAGUCCUGUUUUGAAGAGUUUGUUUCGUACAGUACAGUCCUCUUUUGAAGAGUUUGUUUCGUACAGUACAGUCCUCUUUUGAAGAGUUUGUUUCGUACAGUACAGUCCUCUUUUGAAGAGUUUGUUUCGUACAGUACAGUCCUCUUUUGAAGAGUUUGUUUCGUACAGUACAGUCCUGUUUUGAAGAGUUUGUUUCGUACAGUACAGUCCUCUUUUGAACACUGAUUUGUACAGUACAGUUCCAGUGCAUGAAGGGCCUUUAUGGGCUGUAUACAUGGAAGCAUGGUGAGCUCACUGAUCAUGGCCCCUCUCGUGAGAACCUCCUCUCCACAGACAUUGGCUCCAGUCAUCUUGGACGACACACACACACACACACAUCCACACACACACACACACACAGCGCUGGGAGACAGAUACUGUAGAGACUGCACCCCCCUGUGUCUCUCCAAAGUGUGAAAUCAAUUUCCCUCGGCCCCAUGGAGGCUCAGGUGCUAAACUCAUCUCUCGGCACCCCCUCAUCUUAAUUCAAUAAGCAGACGCCAGGAGAGAAGAGAGAUCGAGAGAGAGAGAGAAGGCGAGAGAGAGAGAGAGGAAGGAGAGAGAGGGAGAGAACGAGAGGGAGAGAGAGAAGGGGGGUGGAGUCUGUCCUUGAUGUCAACCCUAGCUGUGCAGCAUACCGUGACUGACGGAGGGGCGGACACAUUGUCGGGAGGGGGCGGAGUCUCGUCGUGCCCAGACAAUACCUGGCUGCUCGCCCUCUUUUUCUACCUCUCUCUCUCUCCGCAGUGAGGAACAGAUGGAGACGGAUGGACAGAGGGAGGGAGGGAGGGAGGGAUGAGGGAGAGAAAGAGAGCAUAGAGGGGCAUAUAAAUAUGCUGCCUAGAACAGACAUGAUCUGUUCCCAAUCCCAAAUCGACUCCUAGCUAGCCUCUUUAAGUCAGGACAUUCACCUUCACCUGUCCAGGGUUUUCACCUUAGUGCAGAGGAAGGAGGAGAUAAGGAAAGGAAGCUACUUUAGACUAUUGAGAUGCACCCCAUUGAGGUUUGAGUUGAGGCCUCAAGAUCAAUAUUGACUAUUUAUUUAACCGUUCAUGGUGUAAUUGUAUUAUGGGAUGAUUUCUGGGAGUCUAAUAAGCCUGCCAGACUCCCUUGCACAGUGUCCUCACUCUGAGAAGAGGUGCAGGAGUGUGUGUAUGUGUGUGACAGUGAGACUGUGUGUUAGUGAGACGGUGUGUAUUGUGUGGUGUAGAUGUGUGGAUGGAGUGUGAGACAGUCUGAACUGAUUCUAACCAUCGGUCUCUUUGCACCAAUCACAGUACAAGAGGGAGGCUUAGCUGGUAUCUGAAAGGUGACUCAUUCAGCUGCAUCUGCGCCAAAAUACGGGGAACUGACUGCUAAUACAGACUGUAGGAAUCCAGUUUCACUUGGAGAGAGAAGGAAGAAGAGAGAGAGAACAGAGAGGGGAAUCAAUGACUUAAACGUCAGUGUAAUGAAAUGGUGAGCUGAUCUUCAGACUCUUGCUGCCUCACUUAAAGAGGAGGAGGAGUAGGGGACAGUGGACUGAGGAGUGAGUGAGGGUGAGUGGAGGCAUGUCGAAAUAUUGUAUAGACCGUAGUUUGAGAUAUGAACGUCGGAGGGGUUCUGAGCAUGAGAAGGAUGGGAAAGACAGGGUUGUGAGAAGAGGGACAUGGUGUGAGAGGUAGGACAGUGGAUGUUGAUAGACGUUGUGUGAAUUGUGGACUGUGUGUGAGACGUGGUUUAGUGAGACUCUUGGACAGUGUACGUGUGAGACUUGUGAGACAGGAGAGGUGGUGAGAGGAAGUGGAGACAGUAGAUUGUGAGACAGUGAGACAUGUGAGAAAGUGAGAGGUGUGUGAGAUCAGUGCUGUUGAGACAGUGAGAUGUAUAUGUGAGACAGUUUUGUGAGACGAGACUGUGUGUGAGACAGUGUUGUGAGACAGUGGAGACUGGGAAGUGAGACAUGUGUGUGAGACAGUGUGUGAGACAGUGAGAGGUGAGACAGUGUUGAGACGAUGUGUGUGAGACAGUGAGACAGUGUGAGACUGAGGUGUAGACAGUGAGAGACAUGUGUGUGAGACAGUGAGAGUGUGUGUGAGACAGUGUGUGAGACAGUGAGACUGUGUGUGAGACAGUGUGUGAGACAGUGAGAACGUGUGUGUGAGACAGUUGUAGAGUGGUGUGAGACAGUGGUGUGAGACAGUGAGGACGUGUGUGAGACAGUGGGUGUGAGACAGUGAGACUGUGUGAGGACAGUGUUGAGACAGUGAGGACUGUGUGUGGAGACAGUGAGACUGGUGUGAGACAGUGUGUGAGACAGUGGGAGUGUGUGAGACAGUUGUGUGUGAGACAGUGUGUGAGACGUGGUGAAUGAGUGUGAGACAGUGGGACGUGUGUGAGACAGUGAGUGAGUGUGAGACAGUUGGACAGUGAACUGUGGUGUGAGACAGUGUAGUGGAGACAGUGGAGUGUGGAGACAGUGUGUGAGACAGUGAGAUGUGUGAGACAGUGGAGACAGUGGACUGUGUGAGACAUGAGUGGUGAGACAGUGUGAGACAGUGAGACUGUGUGUGAGACAGUGUGUGUGAGACAGUGAGACUGUGUGUGAGACAGUGAGUGUAUGAGACAGUGUGAGAGACAUUGAGACUGUGUGUGAGACAGUGUGUGAGACAGUGAGAGAGUGAGAGAGACAUUGAGACUGUGUGUGAGACAGUGAGACUGUGUGAGACAGUGUGGACAGUAGAGGACAGUGGAUGUGUGAGACAGAUGCAGAUUGUUGGACUGUGUGAGACAGUGAGACUGUGUGUGAGACAGUGUGUGUGAGACUGUGUGUGAGACAGUGUGUGAGACAGUGAGACUGUGUGUGAGACAGUGUGUGAGACAGUGAGACUGUGUGUGAGACAGUGUGUGAGACUGUGUGUGAGACAGUGUGUGAGACAGUGAGACUGUGUGUGAGACAGUGUGAGAGACAUUGAGACUGUGUGUGAGACAGUGAGACUGUGUGUGAAGGACAGUGAGACUGUGUGUGUGAGACAGUGAGACUGUGUGUGAGACAGUGAGACUGUGUGUGAGACAGUGAGACUGUGUGUGAGACAGUGAGACUGUGUGUGAGACAGUGAGACUGUGUGAGACAGUGUGUGAGACAGUGAGACUGUGUGUGAGACAGUGUGUGCCAGCCAGGGUGUAAAAUGAACACCUGAUGAAGAGCCUGAGCACCAGCUGAUGGCUCCUAUCAUCAAUCUCUCAUCUCUCUGCCAUCCUGCCUCCGUGCAUCCUCUUAUCCUUCACUCUCUCUCUCCCCCUCCCCCAUCCAUCGCUCACCGUCUCUGUCCAGUUUAGAUUGAGUACACCGUAUUCUAUUGGAGUGAUGUACGGUAGUGGGGCUUAGACCGCUGUUUGCCAACAAUCACUCUAUUGCGGCUAAAGAUUAGAUUUAGUAUAUUUGGCAUAUUAUAAGCACAUUUGAAAAGGAUUGUAUGUGGGUCACAAGGUAAAAAAGCUUCAGGAAUUACUGACUCAAUAUACAGGCAGAAUAUAUACGAGUGUGGAACAGGUACAUACCCUGAAUGUGUCUCUUCUGAUUUGGAUGGGGAUUUGAUUUUGAGUUGAUUAUUAAUUUCUCUCCCUCGCCAGGUUCGGUGGGGACGGGAGGGCGGGUGUGCAACCGGACGUCUCGCGGUGUGGACAGCUGCGAGGUUAUGUGCUGCGGCCGGGGCUACGAUACAACACGCGUCAGCCGCACCACCAAGUGUGAGUGCAAGUUCCACUGGUGCUGCGCCGUGCACUGCCGGGACUGCAGCCAAGAGGUGGACGUGCACACCUGCAAGGCCCAGACAUGACCACAGUGCACCACUAUACCACCAACCAAUCGCUUGCACAUAGUUGGUCUGAAAUGGUACCCCAUUUUCUAUAGUGCACUACUUUUGACCAGAGCCCCCGAGCCCUAUGCAGGCCCUGAUCAAAAGUAGUGCACUAAAUAGGGAAUAGGGUGCAUUUUGGACAUAGCGCCAAAUCAGUCUGACUUGCACCUGACUAAGAAGCAUCAGGGUUUGACACCCCCUGUAGGCUAUUCCAAGAACACCUUUUUACAAUCUCAUUUUGUUUUUCCCUCACAUUCCAUUAUAUUUAUUUACUCUUUCUCGAGUACCAAAAAAAAGUUUAUCUGAAAUGUAUUCAAAAAAAAUGUAUAUGUAAAUACAAACUUUAUGUAAUUUAAAAGAACGUUUAGUGUAUAGUUUAUGGAAACUGUUGGAAAUUGAUAGCAGACCUGACCACACACCCCUGUCCUCAACCAGCCAGUUACAAGACAUGGUUUAGUCACCUGACCGCCAGCUAUGUUCCAUGGCCCACGGGAAUAUUUAUUACAGUUUUGAUAUGCUUGACAAUCAAAAUCAAAUUGGCGUAGUAGAAGUUGCAGCAAUACACAGUCCUUUUCUUUUCUUUUGGUAUUUUUUUCACUUUUUUAAUGAUGGCAAUUGAUCACCUUUUUUUGUACAACAAAAAAAACAGUUUUACUCGAGAUUUAAAAACAAAAUGUAACAUAUCAAAUAAAGUCAAAACCGAUUCAGAAUUCCAUGUUUCCCUUUUCUCUUCUAUUCCAUUCCAUCCACUCUGGCCGUCUAAUCCAUGAUUUUGGCACAAAGGGUGUGUCAGUCAGUCUGGUUCAGUCUAGUCCAGUUGGGGCCGGUUUGGGCCGGUCACAAUCAGAUGCGUGUGAGCUGGUGCCACAGACUGGAUGGCAGGAUGCUCUCCACUUUCUCCAUGAUGAAGUUCAGAGGAGCAAACAGGGUGCUAAGAAACUAAAUAGACAGAGAGAGAGGAUGUUAGAACACAUUACAUGAACUCUCACACACACACCAUACCAAUUCCUAGUGGAACCAUUGCAACCAGAUUUAUUUCUGAAAAUGUCAAGGUACUGUAUGUAGAUGAUCCUCUAGUGAGCAUUUGAGAGGCCAUGAUAGGAGCACCAUAACGUUCCAGUUGAGAAUGUAGCCAUCUCUACUGAAGCUCUGCACAUUUCAAGGUAGGUACUGUGGGUUGUCGUUGGCCUCAAAUGUUAGCUAGAGGACCAUGAUAGGAGUACCAUAGCAUGCCAGUUUAGGUACUGUGCUCAAUGGGGCAGAACCGGAACAUGUCUCCCAGGUAUGUUGACUACUGACUGUGCUCUAACCCCUAAGAGUGGUAGUGGACUCUCUGUCAACUCCCCAUUCAUUUCCCAUUCAUCCUUCUCCACUCUCUCUCUUUCUCUGAUGUUCUUUUGCUCCCCCUCUUUCUGUUCACCCCCCCCUCGAUCUCUCCUCUCUGAUGUGUUUUGGCAACAUGCGGUGUGGGGGAUAGGGGCUCCCUCAGAGGGAUUGAGGGUGAUAGAGGUUUGGCUUUGUCUGAUGGCAGAUAAAAGGCUGUCAGGGAGAGAUAGAGAGAGAUAGAGAAAGGUGGAACAAGCGCCUUGUUUACACGCUAAGAGAGAGAGAGGCACUGUCCAAUGCUUUGAAGAUGCACCUUUACUUCCUUCCGUCUUCCCUUGGGAAAACCCACUGAUCUGACAUGAUUCGAUAGGUGAAAGGCAAGUCAUGCUUUCAUCCAUUCAAUCAUAUUAGAUCAGUUACUUUAAGGAAGGGAGGAACUGUGCCUCUACCCUAGCAGGUAAACCAGGUGCUGAUUAGUUUGUCUUCGUGUGUGUGUCUGACCAUACCUUUGCUGAUAAGUUGCUGAAAUACCAGACUAUAUCACGCCUAAACAGCCUUGGUUAUGAGGCUGACAGUACGUGGCCUUCAGAUUGCAGGCCUGCAUAGGACAAAGGCAAAGCAGCUAGCGAGGUACUGCGCCAUAGUAGCGCUCAUGGGCAGCCUAGCUGUAUGGAGAAGGUGCUUUCUGUGUCCAGAUAUCCGUGACCUUUGAAAUGUUUGAAUCAUUCUCGACUGUAAUGUGAUUUUUGGAUUCAAAUAAAGCAUUUAAAGUGUGUGUGUGUCAUCAGCUCUCCGCAGGCAGCACCCAACUAAAACUGUGCAGGGCCAGAACAGAGCAGAGCAAGCCCCUGCAGAGGAGAUGGUAGCUGCUGAUAGAGUCACACCAGGAGCACAGAGCACAGAGAUGAGCUCACGCACAUUCCAGGGGAGUGACAUCAGACAGCACAGGCCUGCUGAGGAAGAACAUCACGUAGAGGAGAAUGCCCUCCACUGGCAGAUAGGGGCGGGCCUGUGUAGGUUCUAGGGGGUGGAUUCAAUAGUUUGAAGCUGCUUCCUUUCCGUAUUUCCUUCCCUGCAUCACCACUGAUCUACAAGAACUUGCAUUGAUAUAGGAUCUUGCAUCAACUUGUAUAGAGCUUGCCUAGUCUCCGGUCAUCCAGACUUCAGAUAAAGGCAAAUCUAUGGUUGUUACAGUCUAAACCAAAAUGGCCCGAUGACAACUACUGUACAGGAGGACAUUUCGGCAGAUCGCAACAAAAUGAAUGGCCACCUUAUGAAGAAUCUGAAUGAAAAGAACCUUAUUGGGGAUGGGGACAUGGCUUAGAAAGGGAACUGGUUUGUGUGCGUGUGUGAAAGCGACCAGUGCAGGAGACUCACAGCUUUAGCGAAGACUCCCAUGAGCUCGGGGAACUGGUGUGUUAGCAGGGCCAGCAUGGCGGUGAAGGAGCAGAGACCAGCCGUGAACAGGAUGAAGAAUGGCAGCUCCUUCUUAGGAUAUACCGACACCUCAUGAAACACUGCUUCCACAUGAGAGAUACAGAUAGAGAGCAUCAACACACUGUACAUACUUUAUUCACACACACUGUAUAUACACACACACACAAACAAACACAGUAUUAUCUCGUAACCCUGAACAUCGACUCAGUACUGGUACCCCGUGUACAGUGCAUUCGGGAAGUAUUCAGACCCCUUGUCUUAUUCCACAUUUUGUUACGUUACAGCCUUAUUCUAUAAUGGAUUAAAUCAUUUAUUUUUCUCAUCAAUCUACACACAAUACCCCAUAAUGACAAAGCGAAAACAGGUUUAUAGACAUUUUUGCAAAUGUAUUAAAAAUAAAAAACAGACCCUUUGCUAUGAGACUCGAAAUUGAGCUCAGGUGCAUCCUGUUUCCAUUGAUCAUCCUUGAGAUGUUUUUACAACUUGAUUGGAGUCCACCUGUGGUAAUUCAAUUGAUUGGACAUGAUUUGGAAAGGCACACACCUGUAUAUAUAAGGUCCCACAGUUGACAUGCAUGUCAGAGCAAAAACCAAGCCAUGAGGUCGAAGGAAUUGUCCGUAGAGCUCUGAGACAGGAUUAUGUCGAGGCACAGCUCUGGGGAAGGGUAACAAAAAUUGUAUUCAGCAUUGAAGGUCCCCAAGAACACAUUGGCCUCCAUCAUUCUUAAAUGGAAGAAGUUUGGAACCACCAAGACUCCUCCUAGAGCUGGCCGCCCGGCCAAACUGAGCAAUCGGGGGAGAAGGGCCUUGGUCAGGGAGGUGACCAAGAACCUGAUGGUCACUCUGACAGAGCUCCAGAGUUCCUCUGUGGAGAUGGGAGAACCUUCCAGAAGGACAAACAUCUCUGCAGCACUCCACCAAUUUGGCCUUUAUGGUAGAGUGGCCAGACAGAAGCCACUCUUCAGUAAAAGGCACAUGACAGCCCGCUUGGUUUGCCAAAAGGCACCUAAAGGACUCUGACCAUGAGAAACAAGAUUCUCUGGUCUGAUGAAACCAAUAUUGAACUCUUUGGCCUGAAUGCCAAGCGUCAUGUGGAGGAAACCUGGCACCAUCCCUACGGUGAAGCAUGGUGGUGGCAGCAUCAUGCUGUGGGGAUUUUUUUCAGCGGCAGGGACUGGGAAAAUAGUCAGGAUUGGAAAGAUGAACAAAGCAAAGUACAGAGAGAUCCUUGAUGAAAACCUGCUCCAGAGUGCUUAGGACCUCAGACUGGGGCGAAGGUUCACCUUCCAACAGGACAACGACCCUAAGCACACAGCCAAGACAAUACAGGAGUGGCUUCGGGACAAGUCUCUGAAUGUCCUUGAGUGGCCCAGCCAGAGCCUGGACUUCAACCCGAUUGAACAUCUCUGGAGAGACCUGAAAAUAGCUGUGCAGCGACGCUCCCCAUCCAACCUGACAGAGCUUGAGAGGAUCUGCAGAGAAGAAUGGGAGAAACUCCCCAAAUACAGGUGUGCCAAGCUUAUAGCGUCAUUCCCAAGAAGACUCGAGGCUGUAAUCGCUGCCAAAAGUGCUUCAACAAAGUGCUGAGUAAAGAGUCUGAAUAAUUAUGUAAAUGUCUUAUCAGUUGUUGUUUUUUAUAACUUUGCAAACAUUUCUAAAAACCUGUUUUUGCUUUGUCAUUAUGGGGUAUUGUGUGUAGAUUGAUGAGAGGAAAAAAACAAUUCAAUCCAUUUUAGAAUAAGGCUGUAACGUAACAAAAUGUGGAAAAAGUGAAGGGGUCUGAAUACUUUCUGAAUGCACUGUAGCCAAGUUAUCGUUACUCAUUGUGUAUUAAUUCCUUGUGUUAUUAUUUUUCAUUUUGUUUCAAUCUUUCUACUAUUUCUCUUUUUUUUUACUCUGCAUUGUUGUGAAGGGCCGUAAGUAAGCAUUUCACUGUUAGUCUACACCUGUUGUUUACCAAGCAUGUGACAAACACUGCUUCCACAUGAGAGAAAUACAGAGAGAGCCAACACACUGUACACACACACACAGUUGAAUCCAGAGCGUCUCUUACUUGGUAGCAGCUCUCUGUCUGCGGUCUCUGUGCAGAUGGGGUAUGGGUAGAAGAGGUGGCCUUUCUCCAGAGGGUAGGGGAUCAUUCUAAAAGCUGGGAAGGAAAGAGGACACAGCAGUCAGAAUAGGUACAGUCAGGUACAAAGGUUGAGCUAAGUAGUGUGGCAGAGUUAUGCAUCAAAAUGGAGUACCAUUAGAAAAACCUGAAAAUGUGUGAUGUACUCACUGCCCUCAAAAUGUGUGAUGUACUCACUGCCCUCAAAAUGUGUGAUGUACUCACUGCCCUCAAAAUGUGUGAUGUACUCACUGCCCUCAAAAUGUGUGCUGUACUCACUGCCCUCAAAAUGUGUGCAUGUGUGUGUUACAGAGUAAAGGCAAAAUGUGUAAACAAUGAAGUUAUGGCAUAUAAGGUAAAGCUGAUGUUGUUUGUGUGUUACUCACUGCCCUCCCAGGUACAGUGGAGCAGGUUAAGGGCCCCCUCCACCCUCUUCCAGUGCUGC